AUGGACGACGACCACGACCACGACCAGGACCCCGACGCGUCGCCAUCGCCGGCCGCCGGGGAGCGGUGCCCGUGCUGCUGCUCCUCCUCCUCGUCGGCCGUGCCGUGGCGGCGGUCCGUGAAGCGGAAGCUAGGCGCGGAGAAGGGGAAGGAGAGCGGGGAGGCGGGGCACGACGAGGCGGGCCCCGCGGCGCGGGUCGAGGCGGAGGACGAGUGCGCGGCGCUGCGGGAGGCGGCGGCGUCGGCGCAGUCCGCGGCGUCGGCGCUGCGGGCCGAGGUCGAGGAGGAGCGCCUCGCCGCGGCCAGCGCCGCCAGCGAGGCCAUGGCCAUGAUGCUCCGCCUGCAGCGCGAGAAGGCCGAGGUCCAGAUGGAGCUCCGCCAGUUCCGCCGCUUCGCCGACGAGAAGAUGGCGCUCGACGCCGCCGACAUCGACCAGCUCCGCGCGCUGCUCGCGCAGCGCGCGCGCCGCCUGGGCGAGGGCGAGGACCUCGUCGCGCAGAGCGCCGCCGAGGAGGAAGAGGACCUCCUCCUGCUCGAGGGCGAGGACGGCUACGUCGAUGGCGAUGGCGGGUACUACCCUGAGCUCCGCUGCAACGACGGGGAGUACUACUAUGAGGACGGGCAGGAGGAAGAGGAUGCGGUUGCCCUCGAUCUGGAGCGCCGGAUCUGCCGCCUCGAGCACGAUCAGGAAACUCGCCUGCUUGAGCCACCCCUUGUGGAAGAGCAAGAGGAAGGCACCCACCUCUACACAGAUGAGGCGUUGCCGAACUUGUCAGGGCAUGAACGGGGUGGCCUCUAUGCUGAUGAGGUGUUAUCUGAGGAGGAUGUGGAAGCAAGGAGCAACCUCCACAAUGAUGAUGAAGAGCUGCCGGAGUCUCCUACUGCUGGAAGUGGUGACGGGGAGGAAGCAAGCGAGGCUGAUGGUGUUGACAGUGUAAGUGGCAGUUGCAGUGAUAGGGUAUACACCAUUGACAAGGUGCAUCAAGGUGCGUCUGCGACUAUUGCAAGGGUCAUGGAUAAGUACCAGGGCGAGGCAGUGGAGCCAGACAUUAAGAAGCUUUACAUGAGGCUGGAGGCACUGGAGGCCGAUAGGGAGUCGAUGAGGCAGGCCCUUGUGGCAAUGCGCACAGAGAAGGCACAACUUGUGCUUCUUCGUGAGAUUGCGCAGCAGCUUGCCAAGGAUGGAGCUCCAGUUGGGUCAGGAGCUGGGGCGGGACCAGGUGUACACCAGUCGCGUAGAAAACACACAGUUGGGAUUGUAGAGAGGAGAUUCACGGAGGACAAGAAGGCGGCACUUGUCAAGACAUAUUCCAUGGUUGCCUUGUUUAAGUGGGUCCUCACUUUAUUUGGCAAGAAAGAGAAGCUAUCUCAAAGCAGGUAUACUUUUGGCUUAUCAAGUAAUAAUGUUGGUUUGCUCCUACUCUUGGAUAAGUGCCCACGGAUCCAGAAAACCCUCACGAGAACAAAGUAA